AUGAUAAAUGGUAUUUUUUCUCUUAGGUUAGAAUCAUAUGACCGAAAUUUUAAUUUCGGCAAUCAAAGCCCUCUAGCUUCUCAAAGUCAAGCAAUUGAUGUUCCUGCUGUUGAACUUUACCAGGAUGUUAAUAGCUCCACGAUAUUGCCAAAGAUUACCAAAAAACAUAUUCAAAGUUAUUUUGAUAGAUUCAAUAGAAAUAUCAGUGAUGCUGUAAAGUUGUAUGAAUCGAGAUACCUUCUUAUUUUACGAUCAACAUUUGCCGAAGAUACAUACUGA